UUUUUUUUUUUGCUCUGCUGUGAGCCCAGGACUCCUUGUCACUCAGAGCCUUGGAACAGGGGACCCUGCGCCAUGGCCUCCCGUGCAGCGCCCGUCCGGCAGACAUGCUGCUGCUUCCAUGUCCGAGUGGCCACCACCGCCCUGGCCAUCUACCACAUCGUCAUGAGUGUCUUGCUGUUCAUUGAACAUGUGGUGGAGGUGGCCCGCGGGAAGGUCUCCUGCAGGUUUUCCAAGAUGCCAUACCUCAGGAUCGCCGACCUGCUCUCCAGCUUCCUGCUCAUUGGAGUGCUCUUCGCCAUCAGCAUCAGCCUGCUGUUCGGAGUGGUCAAGAACCGGGAGAAGUACCUGAUCCCCUUCCUGUCCCUUCAAAUCAUGGACUUCCUGCUGUGCCUGCUCACACUGCUGGGUUCCUACAUCGAGUUGCCAGCCUACCUGAAGCUCGCCACCCGGCCCCGGCCCGGUCCCUCGAAGGUCCCCUUGAUGACCCUGCAGCUGCUCGACUUCUGCCUGAGCAUUCUGACCCUGUGCAGCACCUACAUGGAAGUACCCACCUACCUUAACUUCAAGUCCAUGAACCACAUGAAUUAUCUCCCGAGCCAGGAGGGCAUGCCCCACAGCCAGUUUGUCAACAUGAUGAUCAUCUUCUCAGUGGCCUUUGUCACUGUGCUCAUCCUGAAGGUCUACAUGUUCAAGUGUGUGUUGAGAUGCUACAGAUUCAUAAAGUACAUGAAUUCGGCCGCAGAGAACAGCAGCUCCAAGAUGUUCCUCAAGGUGCCUCUGCCGUCCUAUGAGGAAGCCUUGUCUCUACCCACUAAGAGUCCAGAGGGGGACCCGGCACCACCGCCAUACUCAGAAGUGUGACCCCACCAGGCCUCAGCCCUUGGGCUGGGAGAGGUGGAGCUUCCUUCUCCUGCUUCUUCACUUUGGUGGCUGCUGUGACCUACUACAGGACAAUCUGCUUGUGCACCCCUCUUACUGACCUCUCCUCCUGGGGACCCCUCACUCACGACAGAGUCACCCCUGGGCUAAAUGACCCUUUGAGUCUCAGUACACUCAGCCUAGCAGCUCAUCUUGUCCCCAUCAACAAUGACUCUUGUUCAGAGCAUAGUCAUGGCAAAUUUGGUAGGGUGAGUUUGGUUAACAGCUACCAGCUUGAUCUUUUUAAGCCAGGCAGUCAACACUGCAGCGGCAGCAGGAAAAGAAUUUGAGCAGGCAACAGUUCCAGGUAUCCAUUUACAGGCAGCUCUCAGGUUACAGGGAACUUCAUGAUCGUGGUGCCCGUUUGCCAACCCCAUACCCCCAAAGUAUGCAUAUAAAACAAUUCCUUCAAACAGGUUGUUUAAACAGAUAGCAAUUCAGCCAACUGUUGUCACUGGGAUUUAUGAUAAAAUCCAAUAAAAAACUGGAUUCAAACAGAAGGAAAAGACAAAGAAAUGGAGUUCCUCCCACAUUCCCUUCAGUGCACCCCGUGGGCGGGCACCCAGCCUCUGCUUGAGUUCCCCUAGCAGCUGGAGGCUGGGGAAUCCAACAAACAAUCCAGCAGCUGCCCUGUCCGUUCUGCUGGGCGUGGGAAAUAACGGUUGCUUCUGUUCUAAACAGUCCCUUCCCAUGAGCCACCGCUCUGAUGGCAAGCUGUCCUCACCAUCAGUCAACUGCUGGCUCUGUCCCCCAUGGCCACACAGUGGUGAGGUCCCUGCAAGGGUCACCUUAGCCACAGGCAGGGUUAGAAUCUGGUUCUCAUACCAUCCCAGCAGCUAGAUUGAUCCAGCCUGUUUUGACCGAGGCUCUGCUCAGGCGAUGGCAGGCUUGGAGUCAGCUGCUCUGUGGGUAGCAGUCUAUCAAGCCUGGCCAGUUGGGGCAGGCUAGCCCAUGGUGGGUGAAAAGCCAGCUCAGAGGCUUGUGUUCCAUGAUGGCAGCCGGGAGGGUAGGUCCAUGCCCCUCUGCUGGCUUCCCGUCGUCGCUAGGGGUUGUGCUGAAGAUUAAUCCUAUUGUUAGGGAUCCACACCCUGUCUGUGGUGCUGCAGGCUCAGAGAGGGCUGAGAGGUUCCCACUGCACCUGUGUUAUUGCUUGUGUGUGACUUGGAAUAGGGGCCAAUAAAGCAGCUGCAAGCUUU